AUGCCUCAACCGCAGAAAGGAAAGUCAAGACCACGUGGGUCGGACGAGGAAUUCGUUUUAUUCCUUCAAGGUAUUCCAGCCCAUUGUCGCUGGCAAGAACUGAAGGAUCUAGUACGCCAAACGGCCUUGCACAUCCGACAAGCGGUAGUAUACGAUGAUCACCACGGGUUUCCCACCGGACUGGGCCAGAUCAUCGUGAAAAACGAAGAUGAAGCAUGGCGGACUUACCCCGGGACGAGCCCAACAUACCCACCUCCGGAGUACGGACAUGCCCCGGUUAUGUCCUUCAUGCCCAUCUACCCCGAUCCGCUAUCGCAACACAUGCCGGGGAUCCCUCCCUCGCCCUCCUUCUGCGAUCCUCUCGCCUUCACCGUCUACCCACCAUACCCCGUCUCCCCCAUGCCCGCCUUCCAGGACCUCUCCCACCACCGAACACCCCAUAAACCCCCCUACAGCUACACGUACAGCUAUACGCCCACCCCAAUCCCCUUCUACGCCCCGCACCCGCAAAGCAACGGCAACCUCAGGACCUCUCCUCGACGAACAAUCUUCAUCCAGAAUCUCAGCCCAACAACCACCCAAUCCGACCUCCACUCCCACCUCCAAGACGCCGGCACCAUCGAAUCCUGCGAAGUGCCCCUCGACCCCGCCACAGCGCGCUGCAAGGGCUUCGCCCGCAUCACCUUCCGCACCGCCGACGAAGCCAAACGCGCCGUCGCCCGCUACAACAACUCCAUCAUCCUCAACGCCAAGAUCAGAGUCAAGAUCGACCGCGCCGUGCCCUUCGCCGCAUCCUACGCCCUGACUCCCCCAUCCACGGUCCCUGUCACCAUCGUCUCUUCUGCUCCUCCCACCACCACCACCACCGCCUACACCCCCGAGCACACCCCCACAACCGAAGAACCCCCUCAGACGAAAUCUCGGCCGGGGCCACUAGUCGUGAAUGGAUCCGGGAUUGGUCGCAAUGAGAUCACUACUUGA